AUGACGGAACAAGUCAAGAUAAACCCCGACCUUCUGAUCAUCCUUGUGGGAUCCGUUAUCAACAAAUGUAUCAGUGAAUAUGAAGGUGAUCUAUCUGACAACAGGGCAUCGAUACCGGUCGAAGAAUUUAUCACCCAAUUAAACGACACUACACGCAAGUAUACACAAGACUUUCCCAACGACGAGAUAAACUUCCCUCAAAUAGAUAUCAAGCUACUUUCAUUCAUUAUCAAUAGAACGUUGUACUUUAAGUUUGUCAGUGUCGCGAAUAAUCAUGUCAUAGUGGAAGUAGGAGAUCGGUACGAGAAUUAUUUGAAGAAUAUUGUUGCAACUUCAACCUUUCGUUACUCAAAGUUUUUGCUAAAUGGGGCGAAACUGUUGUACAAGUCAGAACAAGAAGGAAACAAGGGAGUGGGGGUAGAGGAAGUUACCGAGACCACAGAAGAGGUUAAGGAUAUGGAAUCGGCAGAGCAGUCUGUCGAAUCAACAGAAAAUGUCGCGGACAAAGAACAGCAAGUGAGCGAUUCAAAAGAGGAUAAUAUCGAACUGGACGACGCCACUGGAGCAGCAUCGAAAGGUCAAGAUACUAAAGAUAUUGAGGGUACUAAAGAUAUUGAAGAUACUGAAGUGGUUGUUGUGACAGAAGAAACGAAGAAUCAUGAGACGGAAGAGAUAGGGGCUGCAGAUGGCGUGGAAUUGGCAAGUCCCGAAAUUGAGGAGUUAUCGCAGGUGGAUGGAAAACCGUCAUCGGCAACAGAAAUGGAAACAAAGGAUACAUCUCAGAGUGUUGGUUCUAAACAGGCGCAGGAUAAUAAGGACGAUAUUAUACAAACUGAUGUUGGUGUGGAGAAAGAGCAAUUGCUGCAGAAGGAUGAUCCUCCUGAGUCUGAUGGAGAAACAGCCCUUGAGGAGAAUACAGCAAAGGCCGAAUCCAAAGCAGCUGCGUUUGCUGAUGAAGUGGUGGAGGGAAAUGAGGAAGAAAAGUCUAGUGAAGUGCUGGAAGGUGAAGUAAAGGAUACGGCGUCUGCAGUAGUUGACGUUACCGGAGAGCAAAAGGAGUUAGGAGUCAAGAAAGACUCUGAAAAACGAUCGAAUGCGGACGACAAUUCCGAAGAGGGGACAAACAAUGUAAGUGCUUCUGGUGAUAGGGCAGUUUCAGAAUCUUCUUCACCCACGCCAGUAGAGAGCGAGACCCACGAGCCACCAGCACAAGAAAAGUCAAUUGAUACUACUUCCCCCCAAUUGCAACCACUUCCGUCAACAAAAUCUGAGCCAUUGUCGCGCAAGCGGCCGAGGUCACAAUCACCGGCACCUACACAACAUCGCAAAAGAUUCCAAAACAUUGCCGUCAAUCUCAUCAAUUCAAUUCAGGAACAUAGGUUCUCUUCACCCUUUUUGCAAGCGGUCAAUCCCAAGGAUGCACCUAACUAUUACGAGAUGAUAUAUGAACCGAGAAACUUGAAGGGUAUAUUGAAGGCUCUUAAAUCAAAGGCCGACCCACCGGUGUAUCUGCUGAUCAAGGAGCUUGAAAGGGAUGUCAUGUUGAUGUUUGCCAACUGUAUCAUGUACAACAGGCCGGACGAGGAUCUAGUAGAGCUUACUAGGACGAUGAAGAGGGAUGUUGGUGAUAUGUUCAAGAUGUUUAAAGAAGCUGAACUGGAGAUUAAGUAG